AUGGAAUGCGAUUCCGGAUAUGCCUUAAGACCCUGGCUACUGACACCUGUCAUGAAUGCUGCACCAGACUCGCCUGAAGAUAGAUAUAAUAUUGCGCACAGAGGAAUACGAUCCCUCAUAGAAAGGACGAAUGGUUUAUUAAAAAUGCGUUUCCGAUGUUUGUUAAAGCAUAGAGUUCUGCAUUAUAAACCAGAUGUAGCAUCGCGCAUAAUCAAUUCUUGUGUGAUGUUACACAAUAUGUGCAUUGAAGAGCAAAUACCAGAACCACGCCCAGAAGAAGAUCACAAUGCUGAUUUUGGGUUAAAUGUUAAUGAUAACAAUGAAAUUCCUGAAUACAACCGUAUUAAUCAAGAACUUACUGCAGGAAGAAGGCUUCGAGGUCGAUUAAUUCAAAACAUGUAUAAUUAA